ACUAGGAGUGUUCUGCUUUUCUCUAUGGCCACUUUCUUUGUUGUUGUUUUUGUUGUUGUGCGUACUUAUUAGAAUAGGUGACACGUUUUUUUGUACCCUGUAAAGUACAUUUUCUGAUAAGUUACUCAUAAGAAGCGGUAUGACUGAAUUAACUUUAGCUCGAACUUAUCCAAUAGUUCUAACCUAGUUGAGAUAUGCGAGCGAAUCGAAUCGCAUCGCAUUUUUCUACCUAAUUUUUCAUUUUCAGUGAAAGAAAAAUGAGGAAACGACAUUUGUAUCAUCAUUUAAAACUACCAAGGGUUGUUUACAAAAGGAGACAAGGGGAUAAAUGACACUCCACUAGCACACAACAACGCAUAGACCUACAGCCCUAACUAGUAAUAACAUUCCAGUUAUUGCUGAUCAUUUCUGUAUUGACUGAUACCAGAUUACGUGGAUUUUUCUGGCCAUCUUUCUGGGGGAAAUCCCUCAUGGAUUCCAUCACGGAAAGCUGAGGGCGAGCUGACAUUUGCCUCCGCCCCCCCCAACAUGCUGGCUCUACGGCUGGAAGGCAGGCAAGGGGGUGGAGAGGUUGAUCGCCUGCAGAAAGGGGCAACUGUGGCCUGGCAGGGCCGGCAGUCAGGGAGGCCCUCUCUUCAUGAGCAGCGCAUUAACAUCAGGGAGAAGAUCUCCCAGUGGGAAGGUCGCAGUCAACAGGACAGCAACCAGGAUGUCGAAGUGAAAACACACCCUCCAACUGUACCCCGAACUUUAUCUGGGGAUCUGCUGGGCAACGGAUGCUCCAACGAGAGCUUAACAGGGAGACUGCACACAAAAACCAACCUCUCAAAAGCUAAGAACUUGGGUUUAGAUUUCCGGGAAUCCCCUGCACAAGCUGGAUAUAGUGGUGUUAGAAGAAAAUCAGAGCCCCUGCAGAAAUGCUUUACCGAUGUUUAUACCACAUCCCAAGGAAAUAAAAAACUUCCCGCGCAAAUAUUUGUCUCCUCUAAUGUGGAAGCAGUCACAGCUAACUCUACUGGUGAACACAGAUUCACCACCAAUGGCAACCAAACAACAGAUUACAUCUUGGAUGUUGAAGUACUUUCUAAACCUCUACCUCUGUCUGAUGACCCAGAAGAUAACAUGCCUGCUGGGAACUUCUACACGUCGCGGGGUUUCUGGCGUAAGCUUGAGGGAGACAGACUGCUGUGGCAAAAAGGCAGAGAGACUUCAGGUGAAGUUCAGCCUCCUCCCAAACCUCAGCGGACGUUCCAGUAUCGUGGCGCCAACAACAACUCAGGGCGAGCAGCGCAUUGGGACAGAGGAUCUUCUCAUAUCCACCACUCUAAUGUUGGGAGAAGGAGGGUAGCACACCCACCUAGCUUCCCUCCUCCCCCAUGUCCGGUUGCAAAGACUGAUAGAUUGUCAAGGCAUAAAAAGAACAGGAAGUCCUUUGAGUAUGAGGAUGCAGCUCGUCUGACGGCGACGCAAGGCACACUAGGAGGCGAAGCAAGGCGCUCAGGCCUAUAUCAUGCCUAUUCUGACGAUAGCAUUUAUGAGGACAUUGUCUGUGAUGUGACCAGAGAUAACCCCUAUGAAGAUGUCAAGCUAUCUCCCAUGUGUCUGCCCACUGCAAGGUCUCAAGUCCCUAAGCUGCCUCCUAAACCCCAAACUUUGCAAGGUUACGCUAACAAAGGGGAGAGGAAAACCUUCCAAAUGGUAUCCAAAUCGUCAACCCUCGCAGAAACUCCCAAACCUGCUGCACCUCGACGCACAAGCACUCCGAAAACCCAGAGAACACCUCAGUACGUCAGCAAGAUUGAGACGAUCUUUGAUGACAAGCGAGGGCGGAAGAGAGUGAAGAACCAGGGAGUCUCAGUGAGAGAGGAGACCAGUGGGACAGAGAGCGACCCUGAGGACAACACCAAAGCCGGCUCCAGGAGAUCAGUUUACAUCCAGUCGACACUGAAACGUCGGCCGGGCUACCGCACCCUGGAGAGAGACCUCAUCCAGCUACAGCAGCAGCAGCUUUUCCAGAUCUUUGUGGUGGUGUCGCUGAGAAAAGGCUCCCCAGGAAACACCUACUUCCCGGAAAUUACGCAACAGUUCCCCAAAAUGUUCGAGAAGUCCUCGCGGACCUCCAGAGAGGCUGAGGAUCAACUGAGGGUCAUUCCUAAGUUCUGCUUCCCGGACUCACUGGACUGGAAGCCCUCUGCUCACAUGCCCAGUGAGACCUUCUCAUUUGUCCUGACUGGAGAAGACGGCAGUCGUUGGUUUUGUUACUGCCGUAAGAUCCUGCCAAGUGGAAAGGGGAAGAGGCUUCCUGAGGUGCAUUGCAUUGUCAGCAAGCUGGGCUGUUUCAGCCUUUUUGCAAAGAUUCUGGAGGAGGUAGAACGACGCAGGGAGAUUUCCCCAGCACUGGUUUACCCUUUUAUGCGUAGUGUGAUGGAGGCCCCUUUUCCCGCCCCUGGACGCACAGUCACUGUCAAAAGCUUCCUCCCUGGCUCUGGGAAUGAGGUGCUCACUUUGUGUCGCCCUGUGGACUCCAGAUUAGAGCACGUUGACUUUGACAGCCUGCUGCAGUGUCUCGGUGUCGGGAGACUCCUGCAGGUGUUUGCUUCCAUCCUGCUUGAGAGGAGAGUCAUCUUCAUUGCAGACAAACUCAGUGUGUUGUCCCGGUGUGGCCAUGCAGCCCUGGCACUGCUGUAUCCAUUCACCUGGCAGCACACAUUUGUGCCCGUGUUGCCAGCCAGUAUGCUCGACAUCAGCUGCUCCCCAACCCCAUUCCUCAUCGGUGUGCUAGCACCAUGCCUCCCACAGCUUCUAGAGCUUCCCAUCGAGGAGGUGCUCAUAGUGGAUCUGUGUGCAGACAAGUUUGUCAUUCAGCUGGGUGAUGAAGACUGCAUCCUGCCCAGUAAACUGCAGGCGGCGCUGCAGCAGAUCCUGGAGGAGAGGGACGUUAUCCUGGGACAGGAGGAUGAAGACCGAUGUGGAGGCCAGCCGGCUGACUUGAGCGCUCUGGUGUCAGAGGGUUUCGUGCGGUUCUUUGUGGAGCUGGUCGGCCAUUAUCCCCUCCACAUGGUCGAGUCCUCCAGUGGAAGCAGGGAGCUUCAGCGCGACAGCUUCCGUAAAUCCCACCCCUCGCGUGGAGUGCGGCAGUUCCUGCAGUUCUUCAUGGACACUCAGAUGUUUGCUGGUUUCAUUCAGGACAAAGAGCUGCUCAAGGGGGGAGGAAGAGGUCUUUUUGAAACCAGAGUGGCCGAGUAUCUCGACUCGUAUCCUGAGCCGGAGCCAAGUGGCGUGAACAAAUUUCUUAAGGGCCUGGGAAACAAGAUGAAGCUCCUCCAGAUUAAAUGAGAAAAGGACAUCGCUGUGCCUUCCAAUUGAAAGACUUUGUAAUUAAAAAUGGGAAACAUGUUGCUGCUGAACUGACUGAGGAAAUGAAUGUGUGUCAUUUGAGGGCCAUGUAUAUAAAUAUGUAAGUGCACUUCUGAUUGGAUGAAAACUGGAAACACUCUUUUUUUUCUCCUUUUUUUUUUAAAUCAUUGUUUUAUAAAAAACAAACAUUCCAGCUAAUAAAUGUCAGUAGCAGCCGGAGGGUUUGGCUCUUUGUUUCUCAAUGGGAACAUGUUUACUUUCAAAUAAUUUUUGCUGCACAUUUUACAGUAAACCCAACUGUAAUGUUACAUUUCAAUCUUUUAAGUACUUAACCGAAAAUACUGUGUAUGGUUCAAAUCUGACAAAUGUUUUACACAUUGUAAAACUCUUUGAAUUCAUCUCAGCACAAACUGUAAAAAAAAAAAAUGCUUUUGUUUACCGUUUUUAUAUUUGUGUACAUUACAGAUUAGAGGGUUCUGGUGAGGUUUUUUUUACAUCGAUCAGAGCAUUUCAAGCCUUUUUCUUUUGUCUUUGCUUUUGUCUUCUUUUGUCCCUGUUAACUGGAGUUGUAAAUAUGUUUUAUACAUGUUGAGAAUCCGUGUACAGUAUUUGGGGUAUUUUUGUAAAGCUCGACAGGUCCUGCAGACUGUUGAAAUAAAUGACUUCUACAAGGACACAA